GGUUUUACAGCGUGCUCCAUAUAUCCUUUAUUGAGCGCUUGAGUUAUAAGUUUAUCAGAAUCAAAUUUUAUGUAUUGUUGGGGUGCCAACAGUCACGGCCAGCUAGGGCUUGGUUUUCGUUCGGAAUCAUGUGAGAAUCCUCAGCAGCUCGAUGUCCUGCCGUUUGAUCCGCAGCUUAUUCGAACGAUAGCGGCCGGUGGAGGUCACACGCUAGUUUUGGUGUACCCGAACGCCGUUUAUUGCUGCGGGUGGAAUAGCCGUGGCCAACUGGGACUGGGCCAUACCGAGGAUGUCUCGCAGUUUCAGCUGAUCGGUGGAUUCGAUCGAUUUGAUGCCAUAGCCAGCGGUUGGGAUGUUUCCGGGGGAUUAACGAGCGAUGGCCAGCUUUACCUGUGGGGAUCCAACGUGUGGCACCAAGUAGCUUCUGAAGGGGUUAAGUAUCGAGAUAAACCGGAGCGCAUCGAAUUGCCCGGAGCAAAGAAAGCGACCAAAAUAUGCUUCGGCUUAAGACAUACUGUGAUUUUAACGGAUGAAGGCACUCUGCUGCUUUUGGGAAAAACCAAAUGGAUGCAAAAUGUGAAAAUGAAAGAAAUGUCACACGAAGGAAUGCAAUUUUAUGAGUUGCAAUGCUCGGAGAAGAUUAAAGACGUAGUAAGUGGCGAAAAUCAUCUGGUCGUAAAAUUGGAACGAGGAGCGAUUCUCUGUUUAGGGGACAAUCGUUUUGGCCAGAGCCCCGUAGGCACGGAUUUGAAUGUACAUAGCCGGCACAUCGUAAAGCUAGAUUCAGGUUGGUCCCAUUCAGGCUAUUUGACCGGCGAGGGACGACUUCAUCUAUGGGGGCGAAACAAUUACGGACAGCUGGGCGUGACCGUUGAUGUUUUCAACAACAACCAAUCUUCUUUGCUGCCAUUGGACUUCGAACCAAGUAAGGUGGUAGAUUUCUGCCUGGGCUCACAACACGGAAUGGCACUGACCGAAAAUGGGUUACUGCACACUUGGGGCUGGAACGAGCACGGCAAUUGCGGGACUGGAGGUGUGGAUAAUGUAUUGACACCGACUAGUGUUGGAGGCAUUAAACCUAUUCAAAAGAUUGCUGCAGGAGCUGGUUUCUGCUGGGCAGUUCCGCACAACGAAUGAUCAUAUCUUUCGUGGUCAUAAAACAAUGGAUGGCCUGUUUAUGCAGUUUUGCAGUUUGCAUAGUUGAGUUUUAUUGCCGGCUUAACGAUUUCUGGCGUUACUCGGGGUGCCUUGGAGUUCAUUUUUAAAAGUUCGAUGUAUUGUUUUUUUUUAUUGUAAAUAAACCAUUAUUGUACAUGUUUCGAUAAGAGAACAAAAAUGCU